CUUAAUUGGCCCCUCAUCAUCUGUUGGAAAUUGGAAUAGAAGUUAAGAAAAGAAAAAAGAAAUUUCCUUCUCUUUUACCUGAAUCUUCUUGGCAAGUCUUGCAAAUAUUUUUACACAGUCAAACCCAUAGUCAAUAGUAUCAACAUCAACAUUCUUUUUUGGUUCAAAUAUCCCAACAAGGGUUUUUUGUGUUUCUUUGUAUAAUAUAAGGUUGCAAGAAAGAAAGGGUAAUUGAGUUGAAUUCUUGAAUUGGUUAAAAUUAUGGUGAAAUCAUUAGAGAAUGUUGCACCAUUCUUGUUAAAGUGUCAUGAGAUGGUGGAAGAUGAAUCAACCAAUGGUUUGAUUUCUUGGAAUGAAUCUGAUGAGAAUAGUUUCAUCAUAUGGGAUGUUCCUAAAUUUUCAUCUGAAUUGCUUCCUAAAUACUUCAAACAUAGCAAUUUCUCUAGCUUCAUUCGUCAACUCAACAUCUAUGGUUUCCAUAAAACUGAUACAGAUAGAUGGGAAUUUUCAAAUGAUAGCUUUCUGAAAGGCCAAAAGCAAUUUUUGAAGAAUAUUGUUAGAAGGAAACAGUCAAGUGUAGUCCAAAAGAAACCGGAGGAGACCAACUCUGAAGAAAAUAAGAGUGUUCGACUGUGGAAAGAAGUUGAGAAUCUCAAGGCUGAUAAAAACGAUCUGACGCAGGAGUUAGUCAAGCUGAGGCAACACCAGCAGAAUUCAGAGAGUAAGUUGAUACUUGUACGAGAACAACUCAAAGUUAUGGAGAAAAAUCAGCAACAAAUGCUCUCCUUCAUUGUUAUGGCUAUGCAAAGCCCAAGUUUUUUGGUUCAGUUCUUCCAGCCCAAGGAAAACAAUUGGCGUACGACUGAAAAUAGUAAUAAUAUACUGAGUGAUGUUGAAGAAGAUAUGCCAUCUGAUCGAGCAAUUGUUGAAGAAGAUAUGCCAUCUGAUCGAGCAAUUGUGAGGUAUCAUCCUCCCACUCAUGAAGCUGCAUGUGCGGAGCCUGAACCUGCAUUGGAUACUCAGAAGAAACCUAUGGAGCUUGAUCUUUCUUCCGAUGAAAUAAAAGAUCUGUUCUCCAAUAUAGAUUUCUUCUCGGGAUUAAUGGAUGAAAAGCUGUUUUCCUUUGAAAAUAGUGUCGUCCCUCUUACUUUGCCAGAUAUCUCUGAUGCUGAUGAUGACAUGUUGGAACAGCUGCUUUUGUCGUGUCCAAUAACAGAGAAUAAAGAAGGCGAAGGCGAAGAGAUAGAUAAUAAAGCUCAUUCCCAUGCUGACAUGGAGGCUGACUUGUCGUUCCAGCCAGUAGAGUCUAAAACUUUUGUAGGUUCAGAGGAGCGUCUCGAAGAUAAAAAGAUGGAGACUCUAUCAGACAACUCAAGUAAAAUGGAUAGACUAACUGAAAAGAUGGGGCAUACUAAAUUCUGAAGGAGCCCAACACACUAACGCUUGGUUUGAUCAAACCACUGAGAUAUACUGGAAGAUGUAUUGUGUUACUACUGUUGAAUCUUCCUUGUUUUACAUCUCUCUUUGGUCACUAAGUCUUUUAUGGCCCCAUACGUUUUGUUUCUUCUUGUUGAAUCUAUUGAGGGAGCGAAUAUUGUAACUCGGUAUAUUCAUAGUUGAAAUAGUAUAGAAUACUGCUAAAAGCUUAAUUGAUUUUCCAAAUGCAGUUAAAUAGAAUCUAGUAGUGGUUAUCUCUAUUA